CUUCAAUUUGUGUAAUCUGCAUUUGUCCCUAUCGAACCAAGUUUUUCAAUUAUAGUUUUUAAUUUCGGGGUAACGGUGCUCAGACAGCAGUACGCGUAGCGGGUAUGACAACUUCGAGUCGAGAUUACCAUCUAUUGCUGCUCCGUGGAGCGUUUGACAAUGUGGCUCUCCCAGUCCACGAGACGGAGACGGAAGCCAAACCAAAGCCCAGACUGUGGCCCAUUGGUAUAAAGGUUUUGGCCUAAGCCGAUCGUGGUUCAGUCUGCAGAGCUACGCGCGUGCAAAUCUUCGGUCUUCGGUCAGGGUUUACUGUGUGGAGCGUAUUUGGACUAGAUUGGCGAAGCCAACUCCUAUAGCCUGUGGUAGUGUAUAGCGGCGAGUGAUCAGGUGGAAAAUGCAUCUUCCGGCUCUUGAUGACUUCUAUCAGCGUCUUCUGUUUCUGCUGCCGUUCGCCGCAAAUUUCAGGCCGACUGAUUUCGACUACAAAUCCCCGGAGAGGUGGCCCGAAAAAUACCCAAAUUGUGGUGGAUCAGAACAGUCGCCCAUUGCGAUUAGCAGACGCAAGGCGAUACCCCUUAACUUGCCGCCUCUGGUUUUCGCACUUUAUGAUGAGUUCUUCGAUGAGCUGGUGACAGUUAGGAAUAGUGGACACACAGUGGAAUUUAAGGUUCCGACCACGAUCUAUGGCGUGAGGCCCUACGUAACAGGAGGUCUCUUGCGGGACUGCUACGAUGCGGAGGCCGUGCACUUCCAUUGGGGAUCCACCGAGAGCAAGGGCUCGGAGCACCUGCUCAAUGGACGCCGCUUUGAUCUGGAAAUGCACAUAGUCCAUCGGAACACCAAGUAUUUAAACUUUGAGGAGGCUGUUAAGUACAGCGAUGGCGUUACAGUACUGGCGGUGCUCUUUAAGGUUGUUCGGUCGGGACCCUUCUUUUAUCAGCCCGGACUCAGUGAAAUCUUUAGUUCCCUCCUCCAUUUGGGCAACUUUAAUGCCAGCUACACUGUGCAGGAACGGCUCACCCUUGGAUCCUUGUUGGGAUCUCUUGACAGGGGAAACUUUUACACGUACAAGGGCUCCCUAACGACGCCACCAUGCUCACCGGUGGUUCAGUGGCACGUGUUCGGUGAGGUCCUUCCCAUUUCGCACCAGGAUCUGCCCAAAUUCUGGAACCUCCGAGAUGAGCGCGGUCGGCCGUUGCUAAAGAACUUCCGGCCACUACAAUCGCAGGAGAAUCGACUGAUAUUCCACCGUCAACAUAUAGUGCCGCUGCAGCAGGAGCACCUGCAAGAACUGAUAUGGCUAUAGCCAUUAGAUUAAAUCUAACAUCAUCUCUGUAAAUGAAUUC